GCCGGCCGCGGCCGCCAAGAUGUCGCAGACCAAGAAAAGGAAGCUCGAGUCGGGGGGCGGCGGCGAAGGCGGGGAGGAAGCAGCGGAGGGCGACGACGGGGAGCUGGCCCUGGACGCGGCCACCGCGCGGCCGCGGAGGACCAAGCGCGAGCGGGACCAGCUGUACUACGACUGCUACUCGGACGUGUCGGUGCACGAGGAGAUGAUCGCCGACCGCGUCCGCACCGACGCCUACCGCCUGGGCAUCCUGCGCAACUGGGCGGCGCUGCGCGGCAAGACGGUGCUGGACGUGGGCGCGGGCACCGGCAUCCUGAGCGUCUUCUGCGCCCAGGCCGGCGCGCGGCGCGUGUACGCCGUGGAGGCCAGCUCCAUCUGGCAGCAGGCCCGCGAGGUGGUGCGGCUGAACGGGCUGGAGGACCGCGUGCACGUGCUGGCCGGCCCGGUGGAGACGGUGGAGCUGCCCGAGCGCGUGGACGCCAUCGUGAGCGAGUGGAUGGGCUACGGGCUGCUGCACGAGUCCAUGCUGCGCUCCGUGCUGCACGCGCGCGCGCGCUGGCUCAAGGAGGGCGGCCUGCUGCUGCCCGCCUCCGCCGAGCUCUUCGUGGCGCCCGUCAGCGACCAGACGCUGGAGUGGCGCCUGGGCUUCUGGAGCCAGGUGAAGCAGCACUACGGCGUGGACAUGAGCUGCAUGGAGCGCUUCGCCACGCGCUGCCUCAUGGGCCACUCGGAGAUCGUGGUCCAGGGCCUGUCGGGCGAGGACGUGCUGGCGCGGCCGCAGCGCUUCGCGCAGCUCGAGCUGGCCCGCGCCGGCCUGGAGCAGGAGCUGGAGGCCGGGGUGGGCGGGCGCUUCCGCUGCAGCUGCUACGGCUCGGCGCCCCUGCACGGCUUCGCCAUCUGGUUCCAGGUGACCUUCCCCGGGGGGGAGUCGGAGAAGCCCCUGGUGCUGUCCACCUCGCCCUUCCACCCGGCCACGCACUGGAAGCAGGCGCUCCUCUACCUGAACGAGCCGGUGCAGGUGGAGCAGGACACCGAGGUUUCCGGGGAGAUCACGCUGCUGCCCUCCGAGGACAACCCCCGCCGCCUGCGCGUGCUGCUGCGCUACAGAGUGGGGGACCAGGAGGAGAAGACCAAAGACUUCGCCAUGGAGGACUGAGAGCUGCCUUUGCUCCCACGCGGCUCCAAAGGCGGCCCGGCCCGGCCUCUAGGCCUGGGGCGGUCGCAGGAGGAAGGGACCUCCCUCUUACAAGUACUGCUCGGCAGCAUGACUGUGUAAAGAAUAGGACACGAGACCCCAGAUGAUCCAAAGCACAGCUGAGAUCUUUGAAGCAAGGACACCUCCAGAGGGCUGGAAGUGCAAGAGGCGUCAGUGUCCAGGCCCUGCCUGCCAUCUGGACUGGAACCAAUUGCUUGGGGCCAUUCGGGUCACAGGCAGGAACUUCUGGGCCAAAAUGAGGGCAAAACAGUAAAAUCCUACCUGCUUCCCCCGUGCAGCUUCCAUUUAUGUAGUAGCACUGUGAGAUUUUGUAAAUAGUUUAAUUCACUGGACCAGCAAACAUCUUUAUCAUGUAUCCAUGAGAUGGUCAUUCUGAUAAGCAUUCUGGACACAAACCAACUGGAUUGUGCCUCCAAAUAAAUGCCUUCAUGAGAUCAACUACGAAAUAAAAGUAGUGGUAAUGGGCUGUCGGGGAGGGGGCGGUCUCUGAGAAGGACAGGUAAUUAGCCAUUUGUUUUACAGGUUAAAACAUGGUUUGCAGCAAUAUUGAAAGAUUUGCCUCAGGUUCCAUAGCGAAUGCUUGGCUGUUAACAUCCUGAACACAAGACUUUGAACCCCAAAGACUCAUUCUUUUUUUCUUCAUUAUAUUAAUCCUGUGCUGUUCAAUUAAAGACAGAAAAGUA